AUGAUUUUCAUUAAUACUUUGAAGGCACCUUUUAUCAAUCACAUGUUGGGAGGCGCGACAAAGAGUUUCACGGACAUAGUGAUGUCCGGUAAAAUGAUAGAGAAUGCGAUAAUGAGUGGAAAGAUAGAGGCUGGGGAAAGCGCUAGGAGGUCAGCCCCAAAGAAGAGAGAAAAUAAGGUCGACAAUGUGAGCAUGGGUCAUGUAAAACCAAUCACAGUUAAUCAACCAAGAUCGACGGUCACAGGCCAGCAAGCUUCGACAGGACAUGAACCCAAUACAAGGCAGAAAACGGAGAAGCUCCAGUUUACCCCUAUUCCUAUAACGUAUCGGGAGCUAGUAGUCGAAAAGCUUAUCAACGUGGUUGUUGUGAAGUUUGAUGAUACACCAGGUACGGAAAACCCGUUACCUAAUCAUACUGUUAAUGCGGUGAACGUGAUAGUCGAGAAUAUGGGAAGGAGAGUUAAGUUGGAUAUAGUGGAAGUGAAAACCCCGAUGAGGGAGGUUUUAAAAAAGAUGGUAGAGAGAGGUCUAAUCAUACAAGACUUUGAGAGUAAAUCCCGAGAAGCAGGAAACUAUUGUGAAUUCCACGGAGAGAAGGACCAUGAGAUUGAAACAUGCGAUGAAUUCAGAGUCUUGGUACAGGGUCUAAUGAACAACAAGGAGUUGGAGUUCCUUGAGUUUGUUGAUGAGAAAGAUGUGUUUGCCUCUGAGGAUGGGCUAAUAAAGUGGGUCGGUGAGGUCAAUCACCCAGUGGUGAUCAUUUCACGACCGGAAAUCACUGGAGCUGGAACAAGAACGACACCAAAAGUGGUGAUUCAGAAACCGGCAGCUUUUUCUUACAAGGAUGACAAAAGGGCGCAUUGGAGUUAUAAUUGUAAUGUGAAGUCGUCAGAAGAGGGGAGGUUGGUCAGCACGCUAGAUAUGAAAGUCGAGCCUGUAAAAGAGAGGACAAAAUCGCUGGUUAAUGAACCGAUAACAGCAGAUGAAGCUAAGGAAUUUCUGAAGUUUCUGAUACACAGUGAGUAUAGUGUUGUGGAGCAGUUGUACAAGCAGCCAGCUCGUACCUCGAUACUAACUUUGCUCCAAAAUUCGGAGGCGCACCGUAAUGCGUUGAUGAAGGUGUUGAAUGAAACCUAUGUCGCUGAAGACAUCUCAGUGAACAAACUAGACUGUCUCGUCAGCAAUAUUAGUGUUGAAAACUUCAUUUCUUUCAGCGAUAAUGAAAUACUACCAGGUGGCAUGGGGUCUAUCAAUGCUCUACACAUCACUACCCGGUACAAAGGGUAUACACUACCGGGGGUAUUGAUUGACAAUGGGUCGGCGCUAAAUGUCUUGCCCCUAUCCAUAUUGAACAGGUUACCCAUAGAUAACUCUCAUAUGAAGACAUGUCAGAACAUAGUGAGAGCAUUCGAUGGCACCAAGAGGAAGGUAAUGGGUAGGAUUGAGGUCCCUCUUCAGAUCAGACCCAACACGUAUGAGGUAGACUUUCUCGUGAUGGACAUCAGACCCUUUUAUAAUUGUUUACUAGGGACGCCUUGGAUUCAUUCAGCAGGAGCAGUACCGUCAUCGUUGUACCAGAAGCUGAAGUUAGUGGCAGAGGGCCGACUAAUAAUAGUAAAUACAGAGAAAGACAUUAUCGCAUCCAUUGCUAGUAAUGCGCCAUACAUCAAGAACAAGGAUGAAGUGAUUGAGUGUUCCUUCUGGUCAUUGGAGUUCAUAAACACAACUUUUAUCAUUGAAGGAGACAAGAUUCCAACGCCAGAGUUAUCUGAAGCUACAAGGAUGAGCUUACAACUAAUGGUAGGAAAAGGAGCAUCGCUUGGAAGGGGGCUCAGAAAAUACCUCCACAGACGAGUCAAAGUACCAGUUUUUGUUGAAAAAUGGGAUCGUUUUGGCUUGGGACAUAAGCCAGACACCAAACAAAAAAAAGAAGAGCUAGUGAGGAAACAGGAGAAACGAAGGGCACCAUUGAGUGGGGCAGAGGUCAAGUGGGAGUCAAUGAAUUUUCCCCAUAUAUCCAAUACAUUCGUGUUAGGCGGAAUUAUUCAUCUUGAGUAA